CAAGAACUUUUGCAACCACAUCUGAUGAUGUGUAGGCUUAAAUGCUGCAGUCCCAGAAUCUUCUUUCUAUUGAUGCUGUGUAGGUCAAUGCAAAUUCUUGAAGCUGAGGGAAAAGGUGAAAUUCUGCCUCCAACUAUACAAAAAAUAAUAAAAGGCUACAACAAGUAUCUACGUCCUUUUUUUGAUGAUGGUCCUGUGUCAAUUGGAAUGAGCCUGGAUAUUGCAAGCAUAGAUACAAUAUCAGAAAUAAAUAUGGAUUACACAGCUACCAUAUUUCUAAGGCAGAGAUGGACUGAUGAGAGACUUUGUUUCGAUGGUAAUAAGAGUUUAAGCUUAGAUGGUCGGCUUGUGGAAAUGCUUUGGGUACCAGAUACCUUCAUAGUAGAUUCAAAGAAGUCUUUUCUUCAUGAUAUCACUGUGGAGAAUCGUCUUAUAAGAAUAUACCCUAAUGGAACAGUCUUGUAUGCACUACGGAUCACCACAACUGUUGCUUGCAGCAUGGAUCUGACCAAAUAUCCCAUGGACAAACAGACAUGCACUUUGCAACUGGAAAGCUGGGGUUAUAACAUCAACGAUGUCAUGUUUUACUGGACUAGAGGAAAUGAUUCGGUUCGAGGUUUGGAUACGCUCCGGCUGGCACAAUACACAGUAGAAGACCACUUUACCUCAGUAUCUGAAGCAGUAUAUGAAACAGGACGCUAUCCCAGACUAGUGUUUCACUUUGAACUCAAGAGAAACAUCUUAUAUUUCAUACUAGAGACAUAUGUGCCAUCAAUCCUACUGGUUGUGCUUUCCUGGGUAUCAUUUUGGAUAAGCCAGUCAUCGGUUCCAGCCAGAAUCUGCAUAGGUGUUACUACAGUCCUUACUAUGACAACACUGAUGAUGGGAGCCAGGACUUCCCUGCCUAGUGCUAACUGCUUUAUUAAGGCAAUUGAUGUGUACCUUGGUAUCUGCUUCAGUUUCAUCUUUGGAGCGCUGUUAGAGUAUGCUGUGGCUCACUUCUGCACUCUGCAUCGACUCAGCCCAAAGGAAAUCCCAAAGGAAGAGGAUGGAGAGGCUGAAGAAGAGGGGAAUGGAAUCCUGGCAGCACCUGCUAACAGUUGCAGUGUCCCAGACAAUACAAACCAGACUGAUUUAAACAAGAGCAGCAAAACCAGCAGUGAGAGAAAAAGGGAGAGAAGUAAACAGAAUGGGUGCAGUUCACCAGUGGGGGUAAUGAAAAGGCUUUUAUGUAUCUUUGAUUGUUUCCGUGUUAAAAAUCCUUAUCACAUAGACAACUAUGCCAGGUUUUCUUUCCCGUUAUCAUUCAUCAUAAUUAAUGUAUUUUAUUGGGUAUAUUAUUUGUAUUUCUAA